CGUGUCAAAUCCAUCAAUGUUUUAUUUACUUGCCGACCUUUCGUGUUUUACAAUUUUGUAUUCAAUAAAAUAAAAUAAUUGAUUUUAUGCCAGUUAGAUUUAUGCCUAUAAAUAUUUAGGAAAUUUUCCUCUCGAGCUUUUACACCACACGUGUUGUAUUGUUACACUAUUAGCAAUGGAAAAUAGUAACGGAGAAAUUUACAAUUUUAAUGGGCUAAAAGAAAAGCCAGAAGAAUUACUUUUACUUGUUGAUAAAUAUGUUAGAGUUCAACUCAUUAAAAAUUCAACAUUCACAGGAUUUAUGCAUUCUAUUGACCCUAUAUCGUAUAGUAUGAUCUUGUCUGUGCCUCAAGAGAAUAAUGAAUUCAAGACUAUUUUAAUACCAGGACAUGCAAUAUUGGAUAUAAUGGAGGUAGAAGCAAUUCCAGAUAGAAGUCCACCCAUUAGAAAAUCUUUAGAGUCUUCAAAGGAAGAAACAUCUAAGAAAAAAGACAAAAUUAUAGCAUGGUUGAAAUGGAAUAUGUUGCCUGCAUCAGAAAGCGGGGACAAAAUUAUAUUUGGGAAUGCUAGUCUGUUACCUCCUUACAGCGACAGAGAUAUUUGCACAGAUAACCCAAUAGUAGCUAUGCAAAUGAGAAAAAUGAUUAAAUCAAUGCCGCAAAAUUUUGGAGCGCCUGAAAAUUAAAAAUAUUAAAUAAAACUUCUGUUACAUUUAUAGAUUAAGUCUAGUUAAAGAUAUUGUACUCAUAAGAUAUUUCAAUUACUUAAUAAAGACUGAAUUUUUAAAAUUA